AUGGAGAACCUUAAAAGGCUUGUUGAUGAGCAAAUUAAGCCUAAAUUGUGUCAAGGUCAUAAGGGUUUUCAGAGUGUCAUUGCCGAGGUGGCCAAGGGUGUCGGGAGGUAUAAUAGGGAAGUGGAGAGUUCUAAUAGGGAUGUCAAGCGUUGCGUAGAUUUCUUGGUAGGGAAAACAAGAGAUGAUUUUCCCAGGGAAUUUAAUGAAUUGUUUCCUAAGGACAAAAAUGUUGAAAAAAUGAAUGCUGUGCAAGUUGCAGAUAAAGUGACGCCGAGUAGAGAGCUGGUGGAGAAGUAUGUCAAAUAUGGGCAAAGGUUUGAGAAGGGUAUGAACAAAUUUCCGGAGCAGAUUAAGGAUUUAAAUUAUACAUUACGUGGCAGAGUAAAUAAUGUUUGUGUUAAUAUUUCUCAUGAGACUAAGCGUCUCGGCAACAUGUCCAAGAAGGAAAGAGAGAAUUUUGAAGCCAUGAUGAAGAUAGUAAACAAGCUUGAAGACAUUAAAAGCUGCGUUAAAACGAAAAUAAAAGAGGAUGUUAAUAGGCUUGUCGAGAGGUUGAAGGAGGAUGUCAGAAAGAUUUUGAAAAAAUUGGAAGAAAUUAGUAAGUCAUUGGAGGAUCAUCUUAGGAAAUUGGACACAAAAAUUUGGAAUGUCGAUGGGAUUGUUAUGGAAGUGGAACAGAAGGUGGAAAUGAUAUUGGAUGAAGUUUACAAGAGCAGUGACAAGAAGAAAGCGAUUGAGGAGGCGGCUACGCAAAUUAGGGUGCAAGCUGCGAUGCUUCAUGGUCAGUUUGAGGCGGUGAAAAAGGAGUAUGAGGAGGUGUAUGAAAAAAUAAAGGGAAAGAGUGGAAAAGGGACAGAACCAGACAGCGUGGUGUAUUUGCUCCAGGAGGCAGAUCAGCAGGUUAAAGAGCCGGAAACAUUGGAAGGAUUUAAAAAGGGGAGUGAUUGGAAUUUAAGUGGACAGAUUGAGCCUCUCACAAAAGCCAUACAAAAGAACGUUGGGGACUAUUUGGAGAAUCUGAAGGAGGCGGUGGCGGCGGGAAUUGAGGAGCAGAGUAGUUCUUGGAAUAGUGCAAAUAUUCCUCGGCUCAAUGCUAUGAUAAAGAAGCUGGGAGAAAAUGAGUUGAGUGAUAAGUUGGGAACGUUUGGAGGAUUGCUUACAACGGCGCAGGGUGCGAAGGAAAAAGGGAAUCUCGGUUAUUGUUUUGAACUUGUCUUAUACUAUCUGAAUUCGGUAAAGAAUAUGGGCGAUUCGGGUUGGGCAGACUUUGCAAAAAGAGCUGGCACAUAUCUCAAAACAUCAAUGGAAACGAAGGCCGCGGAAGGCAAAGAAUUCGAAAGCAAACUCGCCACUCUCCUUAACGCUGCCGCCAUUAGUGGUGUGGGAAAUCUUCAAUCGGUCGUCGAUGACAUCGUUGAGAGUAAACUGCAAACAAUCGAUGAGUUAGAGAAAAGCGUUAUCGAAGCCGCAAAAUCAGCCGAAUCCGCGCUCUAUCAGCAAUCCUACGCCGUCACCAACAACCUGCAGCAGCUAUGUAAGGCUGUCAAGGAGGCUUCUGAAGGCGAUCCGAAAAGCGCCAAGGAAAAAAUAUUUGAAUUGAGAAGGAACAUUGGUAGAGUGGUAGAGGGGGAUGAAGAGAGCCUACAGAAACUUCAUGGCAAACUUCACAGCCUCCGAACAGGCGAUCUACAGACUGCCAUACAGCAAUGUGAGCAAUUCCUCAAACCAGACGCCGACAGAGCCGGCGAACACGUCAUUAGGGAUCUCACCCAAGACGUUGACGAUAAGCUUACAGAAAUCAAACAGGAUCUCACCAAGCAGGCAAACAAGCAUUACGUGUCCACUAUGCAAUUCAUACUGGAACAAUUUGUGGACAAGGUGAAAAAGGAGUUGGAAGGGUUGCUGGAAGAAAUCGAAGAAGACAAGCACGUUGGCUUCAAGGGCUUCAUGGAGAUCCUUCAGACUAGUUUUGACAGUUCUAUUGUUCCUAAUAAAGAGGAUUUGAAACUCGACGCAUUAGCCUCUGCCUUCCUUAGUUUUUUCGCUGUGCUGAAGAACCACUUGGACGGUGAGAUUAAGAGGGUGCACGAGGAGGAAAACAAGAAAAAGAAUCCUUCACUGUCUCCGUCUAAAGAUGCCUACAUGUCUAAGCUUCAAUGCAUUCUUGACGCAGUUGCAGCUCUACUCAAGCACAUUACUCAUCAAAGAAGGUACGGCCACCAAGUUCCCACUCUACUUGAUAACCUAGCUGAUGCAGUUUCCACCCUCAAACCAUCAGCCUUCGACAACUCAAACAGUCCGAUACUUGACGGGAUCUCUGCUGGGCUUACCAAAUUCGUCGACGAGCUCAGAAAAGUCUACGUCAGUAAGUAUGACGGUCUAAAAUGGGAUGAUCAACAUGAAAGCAACUACGCCAAAAUACUUCUCACCAGUUUAGUGAUCACGCAUCGUGAUAUGCAUGAGCUUUACGAGAAUUGUGAAUCAAAUUGGAGUGACAAGAAACUCUGUCUACUUGAAAGACGUCAGCAGAAUCCCCUCGGUGCUCUCCUAUAUAACUGUGGUUAUGAAGUCGCUAAGGAUGAAAAUUCUAAGAGCGGCGAAUUGAACUUUUACUCCACUGGAUACGACGGUGGGAAAAUUAAUGAGAAGCUUUCUAAGGAGAAAUAUGAAAGCGAAAAUAUUGUUGCGCACUUCAAAGCCUGCGAAUCAAAUAACGAUAUGAAGACAGGGCAGCCGAAGAAAGAAACAGACUUCAGUCUCCUGGACAUCAUGAAAUGCGUUCACCAUCACUUUGACGAUUUGUUCCGAAUCGGUCACUUAGCUUCAUUCACAUCUAAUAAGCAUCCGUGUUCUGUGUUCGAGAUGUGUAAUUGGCUGUCAGGUUUACAGUAUAAUUCCGUUUACCAUGAUUUGUUACGCGAUGGUGUAAGUAACUUACUUGAUGCUCCAGCUAGGCCAGUUGGCGCCGCCGAUGGCCUUGUUUCAUAUGACAUGAACUCCUCAUACCUGGACACUUAUCCACAUAAUGUCACGUAUAAAGAUAUCGACACGGCGAUCGAUAACAUUUGCUCCUAUGCGUAUGACGUCGUAACCACUGUCGUGGGCUUCGGCGAUGAAUUCACAACGUACGGCUGCGACUACUACACCAAUUCGUUAAAAUUGUACUAUCCUAAAGGCGGAAUAGAUUGCCUCAAUAUGAUGCUCGACAUCAUGCGCAGACUGUUUCCGAUCUUUAGAUUUUUGCAUAAUCGCUGUGGCUUCAGCGCUGAACAUCACGGCUGGGGAGAUUGCCGUUACGGUAAAGAUAUCCCUACAACCAAAUCACAAUGUAACAAUCAAUCAAGCGAGAAAGCAAAGUGCCAAUCAAAAUGCCAGUCAACGUGCCGACCAAGCGAUGAACCAAAUUGCCAACCAACGUCUCCAUUAAUGUCUUACUUAAACGAUUGCCUACCUGGGCAGCUACCGCAUCAACUGAUAUCGGUUGGUUGCACGGCGAAAUGUAUUACGUGUUCACCCGGUUCGCGGGGAAUGCCGUGUUUAACGCCUCUUGGUUUUAGGGCGUUUUCUGGUUCGACAAAAAUGGGUUCGGAUUUAUGGGAACCCCUUGACGCAAUGUUCGCCGAUGAAUAUAUUUCGUCCCUAUUCUGCCUUAUUCCCAAACCGCCUAGGACGUUACCAGAGCAUUUCAGUUUUGCUCUAUUCCUUGUUAGGGACUGGCAGACUAAUCGCAGCCAUGCACUCAGAGACAAAAUCACAUCAUCUAUUAAUGACGUCUCCAUCCGCCUAUUUGAAACGCCAGACAACUUGACAGAUUCACUUCGUGAUGCAUAUGGCAGUAGCCAGAUCAGUCAUAACGCAGAUAAUCAUGCGGCGGGAAAUGCCGACGUGUCAAGUCUGUCAAUGACCAACACAUGUUCCGGCGAACAGUGCGCCCCUUACCUGUAUUCCUUAUCCGAUGACGUAUAUCGUCACAUUGCCGUGAAAAAUUCCGGCUUGUGUCUGUCGUGGGCCCUUUACCUCCCUUGGGAUUUCCACAAAUAUCUCCAAAAUCUUCUUAAGGCGUUUUAUGAUAUUUUUUGCCAGGAUUGGGGUUGCCGUGGAUGCCUGCGUGCUGACAGCUGUAAAAAGGGCAAGCAUGGCGAUGAAGAGCAUUCUUGUAAAUGUUCAUCCAUCGUCGACUGCAAAGGAGUCUCAUCAACGAUGUACCAAUACGGCUUUGCAUUUGGCAACCCAAUUAAAUUAAAUCAUGGAAAAUCGGCAAAGAAAUGUUACGAUUUUUGUAGCCAGCUAAAGCGUGUUAUUGAGUCAAACUAUUUCACAAAAUUGUUCGAGCAGUGCGACGAUUUCAUCUGGGCGAUUCGUACACCCUUCACAUAUCUUUUGUUAGCCCUCUGGUCGCUCUCGCUCCUGUACCUGCUGCACAUCACCGUCGUCCGCCUCGACGUUUUGAGGAUACGCUCACACCUGAAAUCACCCUCAAGCCACCGCAUCGCAGCGCAGUCGCUGCUCGCCGCCGCACGCGUCAGGGCGCUCGCCAACGUCAAGUACUUCUCACCAUAA